AUGAAGUUCCUCUUCGUUGCAGCCCUCGCAUCUGUUGUUCUGGGGGCUCCCCCAGAUCCCUACCCAGCGCCCUGCGGACGAUCCGACCCCUCUGGGAUAUGCACCACCAAGCCAACAUGUUACGAAAAAGGCGGGUUCUGGGUGCAACGGGAUUGCACUUUUUACAACGUACUCGACGUCGGAUGCUGUUACUCUAUCCCUGACAAGAAGAACUGA